AUGCUUCUUAAGAAAUACAGGAAUCCAGAGAUUAUGUAUUUAAUAAACAGGAAAACAGCAAAGGAUAUUUGUACCACUAUUCAUGACCACCUUGAAAAAGAUGUUCCAAUUGUGGAAGUGAAUCCAGGUCUAUGUUAUCUUACGGAAGAGAUUUUAAAACGAGAAAGCAAUAAAGUAUAUUUGUAUGAAAGUCAUAGAAUGUUUCAGAAUUCCUUAAAGGAAUUACAAGACAAGUACCCUUCACAAGUUUCUUUCAAAAUAGCAGAUUUCUUUAGAAUGUGGAAAUUAGCAUUUCAAGAUAAAAUGGACCAAGGAAACAGAGUAAGAGAACUUUUAGGUGAAUUAGCAACUAAUGAUAGAGGUAGAAAGAUAAACAUAGUGGGAGCUAUGCCAGGACUUUUGUUUGUAAAACAUCUUAUAAACACUAUAGUUUUUCAUGAUACAUUAAGUCUUCUUGGCAAACCAGAUUUAUUUAUUAUACUACCAAAACACCAUUAUGAGUUUCUUACAGAUCUCACUGUUCAGCAUGGAAAAUGUUUAACAGUUCCAUCCUUGUUUCAAAUAAUGUUCAAUUACAAGAUUCUUGAAAAAGUGCCCAAGGCCCACUUUUUGCCCUGGAGAUAUCCAAUAAACAGUAAAAAAGCAUGUGUGAUAGAUGACAAUUUAUUGUAUUUAGUUAAGAUCACGCAGAAAGAGACUCUACCCUGCGCUCCUUCUUACUUGCCUUUACUGUGGUAUUUCUUUAAAGCGAGAACUUUUUCAAAAUCUACCAGAGUUAUUCCUAUGUUAGAGCAAUGGAUACCAGGUUGUGGUGUGUGGUUGAUUACUGGCCAAGAUCCCCCUGAUAUUAAUGAAGACAUUGCACCAAACAGUAAUGAUGCACCAUUACCACAUAUGACUAUUUUUACUGAAUUUGGAGAUCUGACUCUACCUCAAAAAGUCACAAUUUUUAAACGGUUUGUUUCGUGGCCCGAAUUCGAGCAUAGUGCAUUUAGAGCGACCGUUGAAAACAAUUUACCAAAAUUUGCAACUCAAAUAGAUAACGAUGUUUCGAAUGAAACUCACCUCGAUGAAGUCGAUGAUUCUGAUUCAGAAAGUGAAAGGGAAAAUGUAGAAUAA